GUCAAACGCGUGAUUGGGCAGAUUGGACGAUGAUACGUCGACACGUGUAGAUACACGCACGUAGAACGUGUGCGUAUUUAACGUUUAUAAAGAUGAACCGUUGCCACGAGAGCGGCAGCGCCAACCGUCGUAACUCCGCGUAGCUUUACAAUCAGUAAGUAACAACCUGCUGCGUAGCGGACCGAGGCGGAUGGAAGUCACACGACAGAGUAGAAAAGUUGACAACUAUUCGCGUGUACGGUUGGAAAGGUAUUGAAAAGAAAGAUACAGAUUUAUCCUGUCGGAAUACGGGAAGCGCAAGAAAAAAAUACGGAAGAUUUCCUCGUCGACCCCAUGUGAGAUGGUAUACGUAAUAUUGUUUGACGGUUGCCGUUGGAUUGAAUGAGCAGCUCGGUCCCAGCGCCGGAGGAGGAAGAAUUACAUCAGAUGAUCAGUCAACUGCUCGCGGAGUAGGAAGAGGAAGAUAGCGAAAUAUAGAGAGAUAAUGAGAUAGAGAGAGGGAGAAGUAGCGCGCGUGAAUGGUAAUGCUUCAAUGCUUCAAAUACCGCCGAUACAUGGGAAAACUAGGAAGAGCCAAAGUCCCGAUCUAAAAAAACGAACGACCAUUCGUUUAUACUAAUUGUUUGGAGUAACGAAAUAGAAGGUCAAGCGCGAACGAACGUAUAACCGAGUAAAUUUUACCCGGGUGAUGACCGGAUACAUGGCAAAAGAAGACAGGUAUUAUGGUGGGAUGAUUUAACCGUUGGAAGUGUUUAAAAAGCACUGGUUACCAGCGGUAGGCGGUAGCUGAAGAACAAUCUUCGAUUGGUCAGCGGUUAUCUUCGUGCCCGAAAUGAGAUAGAGAGACGGUCAAGUUAACAUAAGCAGAUUAACCUUGUUGAAAUUAUCAACAUUCUCUCUCUCUCUCUCUUUCCGAUCAUACGUCAACGGGUGUAUAAGAUAGUGCGACAGGCAGAGAGACAGAAGUUGAUUGUGUACAGACGAGGAAAGUUCCGGCAGUCCAAAGCGUGAAGUUUGCUGAACAAACAACUCGGAUAUACCGAGUCAUGAAAAUUGGGAGAACACUGCUUUCCAAACUUUCGAGGAGAAUCGACCAAGUGAUGGAUAAUUUGGGACGGACCGUCGCUUCGCAGACUUCGCCGACCCGCGAAAACUCGUCAUCAGCGACGUCGUCGGUGCUCAAGGAGGACGAAAAAACGAGGACGAUGGUGGCGCCGAAGGAAGAGGUCAUUCGGUACAUCGCCGAUUCCCUGAUGAAGGUCGGCGCCAGUAAAGAGGACGCCGUAACCGUAGGCGAACAUUUGUUCACGGCCGAUUAUAGGGGCCACUUUAGCCACGGCAUGAACCGCAUGGAGAUGUACGUUCAGGACGUGGUCAAAAAGUUGACCGAUCCCAAGGCUAAACCUCGAAUAAUAACCGACUUCAAGGCAGUAGCAACGGUGGACGGAAUGAACGGUUUUGGACAAGUCACGGGUAAGUACUGCAUGGAGUUGGCAAUGAAGAAGGCGAAGGAGUACGGAAUAGGAAUGGUGGCGUGCCGAGGUUCGAACCACUACGGAAUAGCGGGCUACUACUCGCUGAUGGCGAUGUCGGAAAACCUAUUCGGCUUCUCGUGCACGAACACGAGUCCGCUGAUGGCACCAACGCGAAGUCGGGCCGCGGCGCUGGGAACGAAUCCCAUAUCGUUGGGGGCCCGGGGCUCAACGUCGAACGACGACUUCGUCUUGGACAUGGCGACGACUUGUGUUGCCCUCGGUAAAAUGGAGCUCGCCUCCCGCAAGGGGGAGCCGAUUCCCGAAGGCUGGGCUCUAGGUGCGGAUGGAAAGCCGACCGUCGACGCAGCCGAAGCCGUCAGAACCGCCUGCCUCAUGCCGCUCGGUGGCGAGGAACGAAACUCGGGUUACAAAGGCUACGGGAUGGCGCUGAUGGUCGAGGUUCUCUGCGGCAUACUGACCGGCAGUAAAUUCGGCCCCAAUAUAAGAAAAUGGGACUCGAGUUCGGGCGACGUUGUCGCCGAUCUGGGACACUGCUUUGUCGCCAUCGAUCCCGACGCUUUUGUCCCUGGCUCCAGGGACCGUCUUACGGAUUUGGUCGGACUGCUCAGGGGCCUUCCAACCGCCGGUGAUAUGCCCGUUUUGAUACCAGGUGAUCCGGAGAGGGGACACAUGCGGAAAGUCGAUCGCGAGGGUGGAAUUACUUAUCACGAUAAUCAAAUCAAGGCCUCAAAAUUGUUCGCCGAAAAAUUGGGCGUUCAACCGAUGAGACUCGUGGAAAAAACAAUUUGAAACGAUCACUAAGUUUCGACUCUUCUCUUGCAUUCUAAUUUUUGAUCCAGUUACUACGCGCUUUUGUUCUCUUACUUUUUUUCACCGAUGUCUAUUCUGACUGGAUGGCUGUCUAGCGUCCUCGGCCUGACAAUGAGUCGAUAAGAAGCAGGCGAAAUCGACAUCAGCGCUUCAAUAGCCUCAAUGGAACUAACGAACCAAGUGGUUCACUGUCUAUGUCAUUGGCUAAAGCGACGGAACCGUUUGACUAAAUCGGUUUCUGAUAGGCUAUCAUCCACGUGACCCGUUAGUUUAACUUUGGCUAUUGCAGCGCUAGUGUCGAUUUUUGGUGCUUCUGAUCGACACAAGCUGCCCUGUACUGGAAUCAUAGGAGUCAGCCAUCCAGUUAGUACAGAGAUCAGUGCUUUUUUAAACGACAUUCGGCGAUUUACUUUCUUUUUCUUCCCUAACUUCCCUAACCCUUUCUAAUGGCUGCCAUCUUGAAACUUGUCCGUACAAUUCGAACAGAAAAAUGUCAGUGAUAUGCUUUACAGAUUGCAGAAUCUAUUGUAUAUGAAUCUACUGUAUAUUAUUGAGAUUAAAUAUAUCGAAUAACAAUUACGAUGCCACGUAAAAUUUCAUCAAUGUCAAAUUAAAAAAAAAGGUUUACUGUAAAAAAAAAAAGAAAAAAACCAAUAAUCGAAAUUUUUUCAUCCAUUUUAUUUUUUCUUAUUUGGUCAAUUUUCAGGUUAAAAUAUCGCCGGGAAAUGUGCACACCGAAUCUUCCUCUUUGCAAAUAAUUAUGUCGAUUACAAUAUAUUAUACGAGAGUAACACAAAGAAUACAUUAUUGCUUUGUUACCUAAUUAUAGUUCCGUUUGCCUAUUAUACCUUUGUUAUUGCUGAUUGCUUUUUAACGACUAAAAAUGUCCUAAUUAUAUUGUUGUACCGAUAUACGCUUGUGCAGCUCCACGUCGUCUACUAUCUAAGGAAUUUAUAAAUUGUCAUAGAAAUAAUAACGUACUAAUAUGCACGUAAAGAAAAAUAUAUACAUACAUGCACAUGUCAUCAUGUGAUUUUGUUAAGUUUUCAAAUGGGUUAUAUUCUACUGUAAUUUUAACCACGUACAAAACUGUUAUUGUCUAAGUAGACGGUAAAUGACAAUGAGAAAUUACUGUCAUAACUGUAAUUGUUGAAAAAUUGUCUUAUCGAUGCAUGAAUAUAUAAUGGUUUGUAAAUACGUGUAUAAAAAUUUCGAUGUUUUCUGAAAAAUAAAA